AGAUAAUUUCAGACAAGUCUCCAAAGUGGGCCCCACAAUAAACAUAAAUUAAUCCUCGGUGACGGACUUGCCGAAAGACAAAGGAUAAGAACAAACUCAACAGCAAAUUAUAUAAUACACCUCAUCCACAUAACACAUAAUCAACCGCAUAAUCACCACCGUUCAUUUAGAUUACCACAAACCCUUCAUCAUUCAUCCAACAGCUUAAAACAUUCCACAUUUUCUCUUAAUUUAAAAUUUAAAAAUUAAUUUAAUUUUAGUAGUUGACUCAUUUAAACAGAUCAGGAUUGUCUAGAGUAACUAAAAUGUUGCAUCUAUACAUUCAACAUAUUUUUAAUCGUCAGAUCAAAAUUUGACGGUUCAAAUUUUAGAUUAAUAUUAUAUAUUUUAAAAUUAUAUGAAAAUUUAAACCGUCUAAUCUUAAUCCAACGAUAAAAAAUGUGCCGAAUACGUGAAUGCGGCAUUUUAGUACUGCAAAGAAUCUGUUUUCCAUUUGAAAAAUUGAAAACAAGUAAGCUUCUAAAAAGAUUAUAACACUGUUGCAUGCUGUUUUUGUUCAGUGUAGAGAGAGAGAAAGAGAGAUUAUGGAGUUGGGUGGCCAUUGUGAUCAAGGAGAAGUCAUUGAAAGAUAAAUUCAAUUUUUUCUAAAAAAAGAAAAACCAAUCACAUUAAAAUCUUUUAAUAUUCUUCUCCACUAUAUCCACUAAAUCAAAGUGGAAUUGAAAUUCAAGUUUCAACUAAAACUGGUAAUUUUCUUUCAAACUGUUUAACUAAUUUUCAUUUUCUGUUCUUGUUUUUAUCUUUUUUCUAUUCCCUUUUGCUCUUUUAAGCUAUUCUGUUUCUGACAUCAAUCUAUUGUGUUUUGUUUUUGUUUCUGUUUCUGUUUUUUCUGAUCUGAAUCUGUUCUGUUCUAUUCCUUUAUGAAAUCAAUCUGUUCUAAGGUUAUUAUCUUUAAACAAGUUCUUCACACCCUUUUGAUGCUUUCCUUUGUUUCUCAUCAUAGAUUCACAACUUGUAUCUCUUGUCAUUUCAUGCUUUGUAACUUUUCUUUCACAAAGUUUAGAACUAGUAUUAGCUGACCCAAAUCUCAAAAAAUUGUCUUUUUCAAGAUCCUUUUGGUUAACUUGGAUUGAAAAAGUAGUGUUUGUUAGGUUUUGUGGUUAGAAAAUGGUUUCAAGAUCUUAUUCAAAUCUAGUAGAGUUAGCUUCUGGUGAAACACCAUCAUUUGGUUUAAUAAACAGAAGAAUUCCAAGGAUUAUGACUGUUGCUGGUUUGAUAUCUGAUGUUAAUGUUGAUGAUGAUCAAGUGGAGAGUGUGGCUUCUGAUCUAUCAUCUUCUUCGGUACACCGUGACCGAAUCAUAAUAGUGGCUAAUCAGCUUCCUAUAAAAGCUCAAAAGAAUCAAGAUGGUAAUAGGAGUUUUUGGUCUUUUGAUUGGGAUGAAGAUUCAUUACUUCAAUUGAAAGAUGGAAUAGGUGAUGAAGAUAUUGAGGUUAUUUAUGUUGGUUGCUUAAAAGAAGAUGUUCCUUUAAAUGAACAAGAUGAGGUUUCAAUGAUACUUCUUGAGAAUUACAAAUGUGUUCCUACUUUUCUUCCACCUGAGAUGUUUACUAAGUACUAUCAUAGUUUUUGCAAACAACAAUUAUGGCCACUUUUUCAUUACAUGUUACCUUUGUCGCCGGGACUCGGUGGUAGGUUUAAUAGGUCUUUGUGGCAAGCUUAUGUAUCUGUUAAUAAGAUUUUUGCUGAUAGGAUUAUGGAAGUUAUUAACCCUGAAGAUGAUUAUGUUUGGAUACAUGAUUAUCAUCUUAUGGUGUUACCAACCUUCUUGAGGAAGAGAUUUAAUAGGGUCAAACUUGGAUUUUUUCUUCAUAGUCCAUUUCCUUCAUCAGAAAUCUACAAAACAUUGCCUAUUAGGGAAGAGCUGUUGAGAGCUUUACUUAAUUCCGAUUUGAUCGGAUUUCAUACUUUUGAUUACGCACGGCAUUUCCUCUCGUGUUGUAGUCGGAUGCUAGGUCUUACCUAUGAAUCAAAGCGAGGGUAUAUUGGGAUUGAGUAUUAUGGUAGGACAGUUAAUAUCAAGAUUCUUCCUGUUGGUAUACAUAUGGGUCAGAUUCAAUCGGUUUUAAGGCUGCGAGAAACCGAGGAAAAAGUUUGUGAGCUCAUUCAACAGUUUUCUGAUCAAGGUAGGACAAUGUUGCUUGGUGUGGAUGAUAUGGAUAUAUUUAAGGGGAUAAGUUUGAAGCUUUUGGCCAUGGAGCAACUUCUCGUUCAGCAUCCCGAGUAUCGAGGAAAGGUGGUAUUGGUUCAGAUAGCGAAUCCUGCUAGGGGACGGGGGAAAGAUGUGAAAGAAAUGCAAGACGAGACAAUUGCAACGGCAAAACGGAUCAACGAAACAUUUGGGAGACCAGGGUAUGAUCCUGUUAUUUUGAUUGAGAAGCCUUUGAAGUUUUAUGAGAGAGUUGCUUACUAUGUUGUUGCCGAGUGUUGUUUAGUCACUGCAGUAAGAGAUGGAAUGAAUCUCAUACCGUACGAAUAUAUAGUCGGUCGUCAAGGAAACGAAACAUUGGAUAAAGUUUUGAAAAUAGGUUCCUCCCCUAAGAAAAAAAGCACGUUAGUUGUGUCUGAAUUCAUCGGCUGUUCUCCGUCUUUAAGUGGAGCAAUCAGAGUGAACCCGUGGAAUAUUGAUGCUGUGGCCGAUGCGAUGGAUUCUGCAUUAGGAAUGGCUGAUUCAGAAAAAGAGCUUCGGCAUGAAAAGCAUUAUAGAUAUGUUAGUACUCAUGAUGUCGGGUAUUGGGCUCGUAGCUUUUUACAAGAUUUGGAAAGGGCUUGUUUUGAUCAUGUACGACGAAGGUGGUGGGGAAUUGGGUUUGGAUUAAGUUUUAAAGUCGUAGCACUCGACCCAAACUUUAGGAAGCUCUCGAUGGAUCACAUAGUUUCGGCUUACAAACGGACAACAAAUAGGGCUAUUCUUCUAGACUACGAUGGUACACUAAUGCCUCAGGUUUCCAUUGAUAAGAGUCCAAUAGCUAAAUCCAUUGAAAUUCUUAAUAGCUUGUGUAAAGAUAAGAACAACAUGGUGUUUCUUGUUAGUGCCAGAAGCCGAAAGACACUAUCUGAAUGGUUUUCUCCUUGCGAGAAUCUGGGAAUCGCGGCCGAGCACGGCUACUUUCUGAGAAUGAAGCGAGACGACGAAUGGGAAACUUGUGUUCCUGCAACAGAUUGUAGUUGGAAACAAAUUGCAGUGCCUGUGAUGAAACUUUAUACGGAAACAACUGAUGGAUCCACCAUUGAAGAUAAGGAGACUGCACUUGUUUGGUGUUAUGAAGAUGCAGAUCCAGAUUUUGGAUCAUGCCAAGCUAAGGAACUUCUCGAUCAUCUCGAGAGUGUUCUGGCAAAUGAACCUGUAACUGUCAAAAGUGGCCAAAAUUAUGUAGAGGUUAAACCACAGGGUGUGAGCAAGGGAUUAGUAGCAAAACGCUUACUUUCAUCGAUGGAAGAAAAGGGAAUGUCACCUGAUUUUGUUUUGUGUAUAGGAGAUGACAGAUCUGAUGAAGAUAUGUUUGAGGUUAUCACGAGUUCGAUGAACGGUCCAAUAGCGCCGAAAGCUGAAGUAUUUGCUUGCACCGUUUGUCGGAAACCGAGUAAGGCUAAGUACUAUCUUGAUGAUACUGCCGAAAUAGUGAGAUUGAUUCAAGGUUUAGCAUGUGUUUCAGAUAAAAAAAGUUUAUGCUAAGCUCAGGAAAUUUGGUGGUGAAUGGUGUUAUGGUUGUUUUUCUAUGUCAUUAUAUAAGUUUAAUUAUGCUCUUCAAUAUACUUAAUUUAAUAUUCCAUGUCAUGUAUGGAAGUUGCUACUCAAAAGUACUUGUACAUAUAUGAUUUUCAGUUAUAAAUUAUGCUGUGACAUGUUGCAUUCUGUUUUA